CGUGACUGGGCGGGCAGCAGCGAGGACACCUAAAUUUUGGUGUAAAAUAAAAGCUGCGUGCGUUUGAUUUCAAAGUUGUUUGCUUUAUGUAGAAAGGAUAUGGAUGCUUUUGCUGUUAAUAAUUUAGAUGUCUGCACAGACGAGGAGGCGGUGACGAAUAAGCCGGAGUAUCAACAUCUUGUUAAGGCUGCUCCCUUUAUUAUUGUGCACAAACCCUCCUGCAUCAUGCUCAGCCUCAGCUUGUUCAAGCCAGAAGCGCCACGAGUGGAUAUGCGCUUGAUCAGCCAACCGCGCGGUCAGCAGGGGGAUGACGGAUGUUACCGGCCAACAAAAUACGGUUUUUACUUUCCUGUCGAUUAUUUGCCUGAAUUUUUAAAUGCCGUGCGUCAAUUAUUGCACCAUGUCAAACAGUGGAAAGCCGCUACUCCAUACCUACAAGCAACACCAACAGCUCGUCGUUAUUCCGCUGCCGCAAAACCUCCACAACCACUACCCGUGCCGGCUGCACGCAAUCGCACAGCCAGAAACAACCAAUCGCGAAAAAGAAAAAACACUACUGAAUCGCAGCGCUUACCCACGAAAAAACUUCGAGGCGCGCCGCAAGUAAAGAGUACGAAAAAUGUUGUGCAGUGUGCUAGUGAUGAUGAGAGUGACCCUGACCUUUUCGAUGAAGAAAUUGACGAUGCUGAUGAAGAUUUGAAUAAUAGUGAAGUAGCUGCGUUUUCUUCUGCGGAUAUCUAA